AUGGGAAGAAGUAGAAGAGGUAGUGUAUCAUCAAGUGCUAGUGAAAGUGCAAGUAGUUCAAGAUCUGAUAUGUCAAGUUCAGAAUCUGAUAAUGACCAAUUAAAAAGACGUAUGAAAAUUGAUGAACCAAUUAUAUAUUGUGAAGAGUGUAAAUUAAAGACAGGAUCAAAGUUUAAUUUACGUUAUAAUACAUUUGGUAUCACUAAUAAUUCAAUAGUAUUUUAUGGAUCAUUCUCUGUUAAAAAGAAGAGAAAGAUUAUACCAUUGAAAUCAAUUAAAGAGGUUGAAUGGUGUGAAGAUGAUAGUGUAAAAUUAAUCGUUCCAAGAGAACAUAAAGAUAAACCAAAAACAUAUCAUAUUCAUUUUAAAAAAUCUCAUAAAGGUUCACCUUUUAGAUUAAUCGAAUCAAGAUUAAAUGCUUCUAAAUUUGAUCCAUCAAAUAGAUUAACAUCAGGUGAAGAAUUAUAUAAAAAUCCAUCAACAGCAAAUUUAUUAAAACAUUUCCAAAAAUUACCUAGAGAUGAAAGAUUAGAACAUUCAUAUAGAUGCCGUAUCAAAGGUCAAUUGGAACAAAACUAUGGCGUUAUGUUUAUAACUCAAACUCGUAUAUUAUUUUUAUCAAUAGAUACAACAUUUAAAAGUGAAGAAAUUAAAUUAGAAAACGUUUUAGAUAUUAGUGAAUCAUUACCAAAGAAAGGUAAAUUAAAGAAAUCAAUUCUAAUUGAUAUGGGAAAAAAUCAAAUCUAUUGUUUCUCUUCCUUUGAUAAUAAAGAAGAGACUUUAGAAAAUUUAAAAAGAUCUUUAGAUUCAUUUAAAAAACAACAAGUUUUACAGCAACAACAACAAAGAGUUCAAAGAUCAACUUCACCAUCUUCACCUUCUUCAACUACAACAACUACUACUACACCAAAUCAAACAACACCAACUCAAACUCCAACUACUCCAAAGGUUACAUAUUUGAAUGAAACACCUUUACCACAUGGCUCAAAAACUGCCACAUGGACGAGCGUUGGUUCUCCUCAACCAGUAACAUCCUCUCCUUUAACUCCAUUACCUAAUACUACUAAUAAUAACAAUAACAAUAACAAUAAUAAUAAUAAUAAUAAUAAUAAUAAUAAUAAUAAUAAUUUACAAACAAAACCAACUACUACAACAACCACUAGACCACCAUCUACACCAUUAUUACCAGAAAAAAAAGCUGAAAACUAUGGGGAUAGAGCAAAUAAACUCUUUCCAAAAGAAACUCCAACUGAAUUAAAACAAAAUGAAGAGAUUAAAAAUAAAACUACAGUUGAUAAAUCAAGAAGGUGUUGUUCACUUUGGUAA